UAUGCAGAGUCGAUUUAAAUUGCAGCACAGCCCUCGCUAAAAGUAGCAUGCGAUAAAUUAAAAGACAACUCAACGCAAAUAUAUUUAUUAUAUUUCCAGCAGAAUUCUGCAAUAUUACCGUUCCUUGGCAAUAUAUUUUUUUGUGGACGUGUGCAACUGUAGAAAGUUGCUUCGGUAAAUUUCAGGUUAGGUUGUGUCGCAUGCAACGGGAUAAUGUAAACAUUAUUCUCUGGACCAAGGAUACGAAUUUUCUCAGGACGUGUCUCUCGCUUUAUUGCAUCAGCGUUGGGUGAUCUCGUUCGCGAUGACAAGUGUUUUCCGAGACGACUUAUAAAGGGAACUGAUAGCACAAGAUAUAGUUCAGUCUCGUACGUCAUCUCGAGCAGAUCGUGCGCCCCAGUUUCACUUUGAUCUGUGAGCGAAUGUGCCGCGAAAUUCUGAACGUUUUUCUCGAAGGACAAAAAGGGGGGAAUUUAUAACCGAGGGAAAGUGAAAUAAAAUUCAGACAUUCAUGGAGAACUACACGUCCGACUCCAGUGACUCAGACUCCAGCGCCAAGACCUUGGACUUAUCCUACCUGAUGCUGGAUCCCCAAGUCCUAACCGACCAUUUCAUGAACGCAAAAUGUCCAGAACAAGUAGACACUCUAUUGCUCCACCAAAACCGAUUGCCCAGUGUUCCACAGAACAUCGUCAGGUUUACAAACUUAAACUCCUUGGAUAUAUCGAACUGCGGUUUGAACGAGCUGCCAGAUUUCCUCGGGGACUGUCCGUUGUCCUGUCUGGUGGCCAAACACAACAACCUGACAAACGAUUCGCUGCCCAAGUGUUUCGAGAACCUGUCGGGUCUUAGGGAGUUGAAUCUCAGUGGAAAUAGGUUGACGGAUUUCCCUGAUCAGAUUCUCGAUCUGGCGGAGCUGAAGUAUCUGUAUCUGGGCGGGAAUUACAUCACGGAGAUCAGCAAGGAUGUUUGGAAACUGCAGAGGUUGCACGUGUUAUCGAUGGGAGGCAACAGGCUAACGGAAGUGCCAUCAACAUUAGGGGAGCUCAAAUCCCUCCAGGCGUUGGUAUUAUGUGAUAAUAUGCUUGAGAACUUACCUAGUUCCAUAGCGAAGUUGACGAAUCUGAAAUCGUUAUUGCUUCAUAAAAACAGACUGAGAACACUGCCGACUGAAAUUAUCACCUUGAGGUGUUUAACUGAGUUAUCGUUGAGGGAUAAUCCGCUAGUAGUAAGGUUCGUGUCCGACAUGACGCACAACCCGCCAUCCUUGCUGGAGUUGGCCGCCCGAGUAAUCAAGACCAUCGACAUCCAGUACGACGAGGAGAGUUUACCAAGAAACCUAGUGGAGUAUCUAAACAGCGGGCACCGUUGCGUCAAUCCAAAGUGCAAAGGUGUAUUCUUCAACAACAGAGUAGAACACGUGAAGUUUGUGGACUUUUGCGGCAAAUACCGUCUACCACUGUUACAAUACCUCUGCAGCAGGAAGUGCGUGGAGUCACGUGACGGUGACGAAGUGGUCAGCGGCGCAAUGAUAAGAAAAGUACUGCUAGGUUGACGAAGCUGCUAUUUAGUUUCUUUCGUCAUAAACUUAUGAUCACGCGUUUGAAAAACGAAUGAAGAUCAUUACUGGGCGUUUGAGGUUAGGUUUCGUCGUCGCAAUCAGCUGAAGUAUAUAGGAUUUAGAAUAUGUAUCAAUCGUCUACAAAUUCUUUUCUUCUAAUUCG